UGUCUCAUGAAAGCUUGCCAGCUCCAUCGCGAGCCCUCCAAGCCACCACCACACCAACAUGACAAUCUCUUCCAAUGCCAAAUUAAAGAAAACUCCCCUGAGCAGCAGCAGCAGCGGCAGCCCCGCCGAGCCCUCCCACACCUGCCACCCCCUCUCGUCACCGAGCAGCGUUUUGUUUCCAACCGGCAUAGGACGACGAGAACCCCUCCUUGUCCCUACCCAGCCCUGCCCACUCGGCAAUGGCCGCCGCUGUUCGCUGCCGCAUCCUGCUGUCCUCCCUCCUCGUCCUCGCCAUGGCCUACCCGUCUGAUUGCAUCACCGAGGACGAGGCCCUCCUUGAGCUCAAAAGGUCGAUAACCGACAACGGGGCGUUGGACUCCUGGGUCCCUAGCACGCCUCCUUGUAAAGGGUGGAUCGGCGUGGUUUGUUUCAAUGGAAUCAUCACGGGCCUCCACCUCUCCGACAGGGGGCUCACGGGAAAGGUCAACGUCGAGUCCCUAGAGACGAUCCGUGGCCUCAGGACCAUCAGCCUCGUGAACAACUCCUUCUCGGGCCCGAUCCCCGAGUUCAGCCGCCUGGGCGCCCUCAAGUCGCUCCUCCUGGUGGGCAACGAGUUCUCGGGGGAGAUAUCGCGGGACUUCUUCUCGCGUAUGUUGUCGUUGAAGAAGGUCUGGCUCUCGGACAACAACUUCUCGGGGCUGAUCCCCGCGUCCUUGGCCGAGCUUCCCAAUCUCAUGGAGCUCCACCUGGAAGGGAAUCAGUUCUCAGGAUACAUCCCGGAUUUCAGAAAUGAGAAGCUCACUUCGCUGGACCUGUCGCACAACAAGUUGGAAGGCCCAAUCCCAGCUAGUUUGUUGAAAUUCGGGGUGAGUUCUUUCAGGGGGAAUGAGGGGCUAUGCGGGAAGCCUCUGGACAGGGUAUGCACGGACCCGGCGAAACCUACUGCCAAGCCUGUGCCUGGGGGGGAAUCGCUAGAGGCGAGCCCCAACACCGAACCAAAGAAUUCCGUAGACUCCUGGGUGAUCUUUGGGACGGUGGGCGCAUUGCUGGUUGUUGGAAUGUUAUUCUCUUACGUAUAUUCUACCCGGCGCCGAGACAAUGACUUCAGCGUCCUGGGAAAAGAGGUCGUCCAUGACGCAGUUGAAGUGCACGUGUCAAGCUCAAAACAUAGUAGCCGGACAGCGUCGAGCAAGAAAAGCAGCGUCUCGAAGAGAGGGUCGCACAAGGGCAAGGACAUGGGGGACCUAGUGCUGCUCAACGAGGACAAGGGUCCGUUCGGGCUGUCGGAUUUGAUGAAGGCGGCCGCAGAGGUACUAGGAAAUGGCGGCUUGGGUUCAGCCUAUAAGGCUGUCAUGUCCAACGGCUUAUCUGUUGUGGUGAAGAGGAUGAGAGAGAUGAAUAGGUUAGGGAAGGAGGGAUUUGAUGCCGAGAUGAGGCGGUUCGGGAGUUUACGACAUGAGAACAUCUUGACGCCGUUGGCUUAUCAUUACCGGAAAGAGGAGAAGCUUUUGGUUUCAGAAUACGUCCCCAAAGGCAGCUUGUUGUACAUCUUACACGGUGAUCGCGGCAUUUGUCAUGCUGAGCUCAAUUGGCCUACCCGUUUGAAGAUCAUACGCGGAAUUGGUCGUGGCUUAGGCUUCCUUCAAUCAGAGUUUGCAUCGUAUGAUCUGCCCCAUGGGAAUCUCAAGUCGAGCAACGUUCUCUUAGGCGAAGAUUACGAGCCGUUGCUCAGUGACUACGCGUUCCAUCCUCUUAUAAACCCUCCUCAGGCUGUGCAGGCGAUGUUCGCCUACAAAGCCCCAGAGUCCCUACAAAACCAGCAAGUCUCCCCGAAGUGCGACGUCUACUGUCUCGGGAUCGUCAUUCUCGAAAUAGUGACGGGAAAGUUCCCUUCUCAAUACCUCAGCAAUGGGAGGGGCGGGACGGACGUCGUGAAAUGGGUGCAUUCUGCAAUUUCCCACAAAAGAGAAGAGGAAGUGAUCGAUCCGGAGAUCCUGAGCUCUGCCAACGCCAUGCCUCAGAUGCUGCAGCUACUCCAUAUUGGAGCUUCUUGCACCGAGAGCAAUCCCGAGCACCGAAUCGACUUGAGGGAAGCGAUUAGGAACAUAGAAGAGGUGAAAGGCUGAGGCGCACGCUUACGUCCCAGCCUGAACAGAGCUGUCUCUAGGCGACAACAUAGGAUAGUUCAUAUUAGCGUCACAACCUUUUAUCGUCAGUUUUGGUGAUCUCAUAAAAAAAAAGAAAAAAAGAAAUGAUGAGCUCUCUUAGCAAAUGGUCUGAUCAGCAUUUUGAAAUCUCUGGACGAUUGAGGUCGAUGAAUUCGAAAGCUUCGGCAUGAAUUUCUUUGGCACCAUUCACAAUGACUCACUAAAGCAUAAUGAAAAACAAAACAUGCAGGCUUCGAGGCUGAGGACCUCAGGCAUGGUUUUGGCUUUCGAAAAGAGGUCACUUUCUCUCAGUCAAGUUGUCUAGUAUCUAAUCAUUUCCAUCAAGAUUGGGGUUGUUUGGUGGCGGUCUUGGUCCGGGUUCAGGGACGAAACUUUGUUAGCAGUGUCGAUCUAAUUUUCCUUGCUGAUUCUUAUGGCUGGUGGAUUGGUGUUGAGCAUUUAAUCUGGAGACUAAAGUUAUGUACAGGCCCUUAAUUCCAAGUGUAUGAACAGCAGUUU